ACCUCAACCUGAGAGACCGGACAGAGGAGAACUCAGAUUCUUAUCGUCAUUUUUGACUCCAGCAUGCCCAUGAUGCCCAACCUGUGAAGGUCUCUCACUAUCCAAAAACGCGAUGUCCCUGCUUUUCCCCCGGUGCAACUCCAUCGUCACAGUCAAGAAGGACAAGAGACACAUGGCUGAGGUGAAUGCUUCCCCACUCAAGCACUUCGUCACUGCCAAGAAGAAGAUAAAUGGCAUUUUUGAGCAACUUGGGGCCUACAUCCAGGAGAGCGCCACCUUCCUUGAAGACACCUACAGGAAUGCGGAACUGGACCCGGUUACGACAGAAGAACAGGUUCUGGACGUCAAAGGCUACCUGUCCAAAGUGAGGGGCAUCAGUGAGGUAUUGGCCAGGCGGCACAUGAAAGUGGCUUUUUUUGGCCGGACGAGCAACGGGAAGAGCACUGUAAUCAAUGCCAUGCUCUGGGACAAAGUUCUGCCCUCCGGGAUCGGCCACACCACCAAUUGCUUCCUGCGGGUCGAAGGCACAGAUGGUCAUGAGGCCUUCCUCCUCACAGAGGGCUCGGAGGAGAAGCGGAGUGUCAAGACUGUGAACCAGCUGGCCCAUGCCCUUCACCAGGAUGAGCAGCUGCACGCUGGCAGCCUGGUGAGUGUGAUGUGGCCCAACUCCAAGUGCCCGCUUCUGAAGGAUGACCUUGUGCUCAUGGACAGCCCUGGUAUCGAUGUCACCACGGAGCUGGACAGCUGGAUUGACAAGUUUUGCCUGGACGCCGAUGUGUUCGUGCUGGUGGCCAACUCAGAGUCCACCCUGAUGCAGACGGAGAAGCAAUUCUUCCACAAGGUGAGUGAGCGCCUGUCCCGCCCAAACAUCUUCAUCCUCAACAACCGCUGGGAUGCAUCUGCUUCGGAGCCUGAAUACAUGGAAGAGGUGCGGCGGCAGCACAUGGAACGUUGUACCAGCUUCCUGGUGGACGAGCUGGGUGUGGUGGACCGAGGCCAGGCCGGAGACCGCAUCUUCUUUGUGUCUGCCAAGGAGGUGCUCAACGCCAGGAUCCAGAAGGCCCAGGGCAUGCCCGAAGGAGGGGGCGCUCUUGCAGAAGGCUUCCAAGUGAGGAUGUUUGAGUUUCAGAAUUUUGAAAGGAGAUUUGAGGAGUGCAUCUCCCAGUCGGCAGUGAAGACCAAAUUCGAGCAGCACACAGUCCGGGCCAAGCAGAUUGCGGAAGCGGUGCGUCUCAUCAUGGAUUCCCUGCACAUAGCAGCACAGGAGCAGCGAGUUUACUGCCUGGAAAUGCGGGAAGAGCGGCAAGAGCGGCUGAGGUUCAUUGACAAGCAGCUGGAACUCCUGGCUCAGGACUACAAGCUGCGGAUUAAGCAGAUCACGGAGGAGGUGGAGAGGCAGGUGUCCACUGCGAUGGCGGAAGAGAUCAGGCGCCUGUCCGUGCUGGUGGACGACUACCAGAUGGACUUCCACCCCUCCCCAGUGGUCCUCAAGGUCUACAAGAACGAACUGCACCGCCAUAUAGAGGAGGGACUGGGCCGGAAUAUGUCCGACCGCUGCUCCACAGCCAUCAGCAGCUCCCUGCAAGCCAUGCAGCAGGACAUGAUAGAUGGUUUGAAACCCCUCCUUCCUGCGUCCGUGCGCAGUCAGAUAGACAUGCUGGUCCCUCGGCAGUGCUUCUCCCUCAGCUACGACCUGAACUGUGACAAGCUGUGUGCUGACUUUCAGGAGGACAUCGAGUUCCAUUUUUCUCUCGGGUGGACCAUGCUGGUGAAUAGGUUCCUGGGUCCCAAGAACAGCCGCCGGGCCUUGAUGGGCUACAAUGACCAGGUGCAGCGCCCCAUCCCUCUGACGCCAGCCAACCCCAGCAUGCCCCCGCUGCCGCAGGGCUCCCUCACCCAAGAAGAGCUCAUGGUUUCCAUGGUCACCGGCCUGGCAUCCCUGACGUCUAGGACCUCCAUGGGCAUUCUCGUUGUCGGAGGCGUGGUGUGGAAGGCGGUGGGCUGGCGGCUCAUUGCCCUCUCCUUUGGGCUCUAUGGCCUCCUGUAUGUCUACGAGCGUCUCACCUGGACCACCAAGGCCAAGGAGAGGGCCUUCAAGCGCCAGUUUGUUGAGUAUGCCAGCGAGAAGCUACAGCUCAUCAUCAGCUACACUGGCUCCAACUGCAGUCACCAAGUCCAGCAGGAACUGUCUGGGACCUUUGCUCAUCUGUGCCAGCAAGUCGACGUCACCCGGGAGAACCUGGAGCAGGAAAUUGCUGCCAUGAACAAGAAAAUUGAGGUUCUCGAUUCACUCCAGAGCAAAGCAAAACUGCUCAGGAACAAAGCUGGUUGGCUGGACAGCGAGCUCAACAUGUUCACGCACCAGUACCUGCAGCCCAGCAGAUAGUGGGCAGCCGAGAGCCGGAGCCGCGUGGAGAGGGUGGCGCCGCCAGCGCUGUGGGCACCCAGCAGCCCUUGCGCGGUUCCCGCCCGUUGCCGCUGCCCCGAGAACGAGAGCACCCCCCGUCUCAUACCGUUUUGAGCCCUUAAUUGCUAGGUUUUCCCCCUUCGCCUGCUGUUGCAGGAAGACCUGGCUCAUGCCCCUAGAGGAGACUUGUAACGAUGACUGUGGACAGCAUGGUACAGGGAGUCGAGUGUCUGCUUUGUCAGGUGCGCUGGUGGAGACUCCCGCGAGUGCUUGACGGGGUCUGGGAACUGCCCGCACCGCAGAAUGCC